UUCAAACCUACAAUGUAGCCCAAGGGUAGCCUUGAACUUCGGGGCCUCUUCUCCCUCUGCCUCCCUAGUGCUCUGCUGAGUUUCCAAGUGUGUUCCAUUAUGCCCAAUUUAUGCCGUCCUGAUGGAGCCCAGAGCUGCUUUGUGCAUGCUGGGCAAACAUUCUACAACAGAGUUCCAUCCUUAGUCCCCACAUCUCUCCUCUUAACCAUGAUGAAAUCAUCCAGGCAGAGGUUCAUCGACUGCUGCAGCCUCCACCCCCACCCCCACCCCCACUCCCGCCCCCACAGAGGCGCAAGUGAAAAUAUCUGCCUGAGGUCGAGCACCUGUACACGCCACAGCCGUGAAUCCCACAGGCCUUUUGCUCUCGCUGGCUUAGUCUGUCGCCUGUCUCCAUGGGGCCCAUAGGAAAUGCCCAGUAAACAUCUGUGUCAAAUGAGUAAUUUUGCUUCUGUCCUUCCAGGCUUCAGCCGUCCCUCUCUGGCUGAAGUGAAGGGCUUUGUCACUGUGACUGUGAGUUACGGCCCUCUCCCUUCAUACCCUGAGGUGACCUCUGUCCGCUGCAGGAGCCUGAGCAGGAGUGAUCCUGCUGUGUUGUGAAGUAGCAUCUCCUUACUGACCGGCUUCCUUGGUGUGGCCCAUGGGAAUUUUCCCAUCCCCGGCCCUUCUGGGCUGCCCUCUCCCAGGGCGAGAUUCCAGUCCCUGGGUUCCCAUGAGCCCUGGGCUCUUCAGCUCCAGUGUCUGACAAUAGCUAAGAUGCCUGGUGCAUGGGCAGGGCUCCGUGGCCCUAACGAUGCGUAACAGCAGCCCAGUAGUGAUGGGGGGGGGGGUGUGGGCAGAGGGUUGCAGCCAAGCCUCUGGUCUUAACCUUCAAGCCGCUCUCCUAUAAGAAGUGCUGACCCUGCCCAGGCUCCUCUCCAUGCUCCGUCCCUCCCCCCACCUCCCCAUACACCCACACUCACACCCACACCCACCUCCCCAGACUCACUUCUCUUUUGCAGCUACCCUGACGCCUACACCUUCCUGCUGUGGAGUUGCUGGCCCAUAGGCAAGGGGAUGGAGAGGCAACAGGCCAGAACCCCCGAGAGAGAGGCUGACUGGUUAGGGUUCUGUGUGGGUCCUCAGGAUCUCCUGUGGCCAGCUUUGAUUCCCUUACCAUCAGCUCUGCACCAUCCGCUGCCCUGGACUAGAACACCAGCCUCCUUGCCUCUCCAUCCAGUCUCUGGAUGUAGCCAAAGGGCCCCUCUGAAUCAAGACAGUGAGAUGCACACUCCAACAGGACCCCAUGUCUCCCCACUGCCGGGCCUUGUUUCCAGCUGGACCCCGUCCAUCUGUAGCAAUGGUGCACAUGUCCCAGCACCCAGCAUUGGCCAGUCUGUCCCCCAGUCUGUCCAGCCCUUCGCUGUCACGGGCCUCCCCCCUGCCAUUUCCUGCAGGGCAUGUUUCCCUCCCCUUAAAGAUGCUAAGGACAUCCCUCAGCCCCUAGCCUAAGCGGGGCCCACCGUGAGGCCCACCAGGGGACUCCAGGCCCGAGCUCCUAGCUGGGAGCUCCCUCAGGUGCUCUUCAGCCCAUGACCCCUGGAGAGGGGGCUGCAUGUGUCACAAGACCCAGAGAGCUGGUUUGUGUGAUUGACAGGGUUUAAGCGAUGCUGGUGGGAGACUAAUACUGGGAACCAGAGCCUGAUACAGCAGGGCCAUGGACAAGGCACGACCAAGCAGGGUCACAAGCAAGGGGGUCACAAGCAGGGUCGCAGCUCCCGGAAAGGAACUACAGGGAAAAAAACAGGUCCCUGGAUAAUCUGCAGAUCCUGCCUAGGCUCUGCUUGCUUCCAGCCAGCUUAGCUCCCCAGCAUGUUGCUGUCAGAGUCCAAGCUUCCUGCCCUCCUCCCCCAAGUCUCCCCAUUUAUGCUCCUGGGCUUUUGCUACUACUCCACCCCACCACGGGCCCCUGGACGUCACCUCUCUAUCAACGCCAUGUCAUUUUCUUACAUUUUCCCCAUCAUUUUUGGUGGUGACCUGUGCCGGUGGCCCCCAGGCCAGGCCUGGCAUCUACCCACUCCCACGGAGCUCGGAGUAACUGGCUACCUGUCCCCACUACUCGCAACGGGGAUGGGGAGGCGGGCAGGGCUGGGCAGAGGACAGGAAUAUGGAGGACAAGAGGGUAGCGAGACUAGGAAGUCUUUUAGGCUAUCCGUGUCCUCCGUCACCACUGUGGGCAUUCAAUGUCUUGACCCUAGGAAGGGCAGAAGAGGAAGGAACUGGGGGGGGAUGGCUAGUGGGAGCAACCGGUCUUGGUGAGGCACAGCAGAGGCCACAGGAGGCUGAGGGAGGUAGGUGACUGCUGGGUCCAUCCCCUCUGCUGUCCAAGAGCAGGCUGUAGUUUGACAUGCCCCCCCCCCCGCCCCCGCUCCAGCCCCCGGCGCUGGCAAUGCUCAGCUGUCGUCUGCGGUGACAGAUGAGUGGUUUAAUACAGGAACCACAGGUGAAAGAGGUCUGAGGUUCCAGGCGAGGUUGCGGCUCCACCCCAGCGGUCCCACCCCAGCAGGCAAGGGCGGGGCCGAGGAUGCGCGUCCCGUCCGGGUUUCAUUCUAGACUAGAGGGGCACAGAGCCCAGACUCAACUCUCUCCCACCUGCACGCGGUGGCGACAUGGACGCCAGGAAGCGCCGGACCAGAAGCCGGAGAAACCGGGACAGCCCGGUGCCCACCCCAUGCGUUCAGACACUGUGCUUCGACCCUCUGGUGCGACACUGCGUGGCCUGUGAGCUCCUCCGCACGCCGGACCCUCCUCGGCACGCCUUCGGUCCCUCCGUCCCCCGCCCUCCAUCCGCAUCCCCUUCGCCAUCAGCGCCCGGGACAGCGCUGCAGCCGCAGGAGUCGGUGGGCAUGGGGCCGGGGACUGACGCGACGCUGCCGCUGCCCGGGCUCCUCUUCGGCGCCCCCGCGCUCCUGGGACUGGUGCUGCUGGUGCUGCUGGUGGCCCUGGUGACCUGGAGGUGGUGGCAGCAGCGCAGGAUGGCCUCCCCGGACAUCCCAGACGGAGUCCAGGAAGAGUCCCUGGACAAUGUCUACGUGUCCUCCCCAGAAACCCUUCACGCCUCCGCUCCCGUCUGGCCUACCCCCAAAGAAGAUGCAGACACCACCCUGCCAGGCCAUAGCAUCCCAGUGCCAGCCACGGAACUGGGCUCCACUGAGCUGGUGACCACCAAGACAGCCGGCCCUGAAGAAUAGCAGCUGUGGAGGGAACUGAGGGAGCCCUAUGGAGUUUUUGGACUCUCACCCGAGGGCUUGGAAAAGGAGUUCAGCUCUUCAGGGACGGAGCCCAUUGCCCAGAGGGAACCCAGCAGAACCACAGACACUACAGGCCCCAGGCUCCCACCAGCAUGAGACUGUUUUUGUGCUAGCCUUUGGCUCGAGAACAUUCCAUUUUUGAGGUUGUUUUUAAGCUCUUGUGCCUUCAGUGGUUGGGUAGGCUUGAGUGUUGGAUGUUAAUCUCUUCGAAGAGGCAGAGACUGGACACUUGAUCUCUUUCUACAAAAUCUGCGUGGUGGACUGGAGAAAUGGCCCAGCAGUUAGGUUCAUGAACUGUUCUUGUAGAGGACUCCAGUUGUUCAGUUUCCCAGCAUAAAUGUCUGGCAGCUCACAACCAUCUGUAACUUCAGUCUUAGAGAGAUCCAAAGCCUCCAAAGGUACCAACCUCAUUCGCUUGCACACACACACACACACACACACACACACCACACACACACACACACACACACACCACACACACACACACACACACACACACACCACACACACACACACACACACAGUUUAAAAUGUUAAAAACAGGGACUGGAAAGAUGGCUCAGUGGUUAGGAGUGCUUACUGCUGUUCCAGAGGACCAGAGUUUAAUUCCCAGCAUGCACUUCAGGUGACUCAUUACUGACUUUAACUCUUGCUUCCGGGGAUCAGAUGCCUGGACUCCAUGGGCAUCUUCAUUCCCAUGUACAGACCCCCACACACUUACAAAUUACAAAAUACAGGUUGGAUGUGGUGGCGCACGCCUUUAAUCCUAGCACUGAGGAGGAGGCAGAGGCAGGCGGAUCUCUGUGAGUUGGAGACCAGCCUGGUCUACAGAACAAGUUCCAGGCUAGCCAGAGCUAUAUAG